UUCUGGGAUUCUACCUUACCGACUAAAACGUCAAACUUUAAGGUUAUGUAAACUCAAAUUCGAACAUGUUAGCAAAUAUUCUACCAAAACUGCGAAACACCACCAGUUUGUGCAGGUACUUUUCCUCAGCAUUAACUACAAAUGAAAAUAUAGAACCUAGACAUCUGCAAUACCCCUCUGUAUAUCAAAAACCCCGUCAAAUUUGGGUUGAAAAUUUGGACAGUAUAGACGAAAGAAAAUUGGGGUUGAUAGAGUUACAUCCUACAGUUUUUGCUGCUAACCCGAGGAUAGACAUUAUACAUCAGAAUGUGAGGUGGCAGCAAUUGUACAGAUAUGUGAGUUAUGCUCAUACAAAGUUGAAGUUUGAGGUGCGGGGUGGAGGAAGGAAACCUUGGCCACAAAAAGGUUUGGGAAAGGCCAGACAUAGUUCUAUUAGAAGUCCGCUAUGGAAGGGGGGUGGUAUAGCCCAUGGGCCCCGCUCACCAACCCCACAUUUUUACAUGUUGCCUUUUUACACAAGAAUAAAUGGUUUAACCUCGACUCUCUCAAUUAAGUUUGCACAGGACGACUUACAUGUAGUAGAUAACCUGGAACUCCCCACAGAUGAGAAAUCUUUUCUCGAAGAACUUGUCAAAAGCCGCAACUGGGGACCCUCAGUUUUAUUCGUAGAUGACACUGAUAUAAUGCCCAGGAAUAUUACGGCGGCAACUGAUGAAAUAAAACAUAUUAAUUUGAUGCCUGUUUAUGGGUUAAAUGUUUAUUCUAUGUUAAAAUACGAGACUUUGGUUAUUACAAGAUCAGCCAUUGAUUUGAUUGAGAGUAAGAUUUUGGAAAAUUUGAAUAGGAAUGAUGAUAAGACAUUCACUGGAAAAUAUAAGGUUAACCAGGUUUAGUGAUUUAGGAUAUUUUGUUAGACAAUAAAGAAUUGUUUUUAUUUUGAUAAAUAUCAUUUUUAAACCCUGCAUAAAGCACAGU